UGUAGCCAAUUGAUAUCGUUUCCUGGUUGAAGAACAGCUUUCUUGUCCGUGUCAGCCAAAUUGGAAAAGUGAGCUCAACCAACAUUUUACGGAAAAGACCUUAGUAUAAAGUUAUUGUCUGGGGCCACCGAAAGUUUACGUCAACAAAUCAAAAUGCAUAACGAUGCGGGUGAAUUCGUGGACUUGUACGUCCCUCGCAAAUGUUCCGCAAGCAACAGAAUUAUUGAUGCGAAAGACCAUGCAUCCAUCCAGAUCAACAUAGCUGAAGUUGACAAGGUAACGGGUCGGUUCAAUGGCCAGUUCAAGACGUAUGCAAUCUGUGGCCCCAUCCGAAGAAUGGGUGAAGCUGAUGACUCUCUCGUGAGGCUGGCAAAGAACGACAACAUUGUGUCAAAGAAUUUCUAAUUUGGAGGAUGCCAUUCUGGAGAUUUUUUGUAAAAUAAAGUGUAUUAUAAAUAAAAUUUUGCACAGCAAGUAC